AUGCUGUCGACAACGUAUUGUGAUGCGCUGCUCAAGUUUACCAUACGCAUGUACCAGCAUUUGCAGUCAAAAAACAUGGAGAACGAAAACGUUGUGUGCUCGCCCUUCAGCAUAACCAGCGCGCUCGCGAUGCUUGGUGGUGGAGCGGGCAGCACUACAUCUAAACAAAUAUUUGCUGUUCUAAACUUGAAGGCGAGCAAGGACAAGAUCCGCGAGCAUUUUCGCAACUUGCUGACCACGAUGUCUGGCUGUGCUCCUGGUGCCACAUUCUUCGUGGCCAAUAGAAUCUACAGUGACCAGCAAUUUCCAGUCCGAAGCAGCUACAUAGAUCUCCUGGAAUCGUCAUAUAGAGCAACGCUGAAGACCGUCAACUUCACGAGCGACCACGAGGCAGUUCGACAGGAAGCCAACCACUGGGCCUCGGAGCAAACUGCAUCCAAGGUUCAAGACAUGCUUCGUCCCGGCAGCGUCGACUCUCGCACUCUGUUAGUUCAUACGAGUGCCAUCUCCUUCAAAAGCUUUUGGCAAUUUCCUUUCCAUUCUGUUAAUACAACGCGACAGAACUUUCGCAUUGACUACAAGACCACCGUGCGAGUGAACAUGAUGCUUACAGACUGCAGUUUCAAAGUAGGCCACUCAGAGGAGCUGUGUGCCACGGCCUUGGAGAUACCAUACAGAGGCCAAAAAGCAUCGAUGGUAAUCCUCCUGCCCGACGAGGUUGAGGGAUUGUUCUCCCUAGAAGAUUCGAUAACUUGGACUAGGAUUUCCAUGCUUCUUGCAGAUAUGAAGGUACAAGACGUAGAAGUAAGCCUUCCGAAGUUCAAGUUGGAUUAUACUUUACCUCUAAAGAAGACAUUGGAAGAUCUCGGCGUCAAGGACUUGUUUACGCCGGGCGAAGCGGACCUCUCGGGUAUCUUCCAAAGCGAUCGGCCAGCGGUGUCCGAGAUCAUCCACAAGGCGGCAGUCGAGGUGAAUGAAGAAGGCACCGAACCUGCAGCUAGCAUGGCCAGGGCGGUUAUCGAGUCUACCGGAAAGGUCGCUGCGCAGACAAUGCGAUUCACCGUGGAUCAUCCUUUCAUGUUUUUCAUAAAAAGCAACGAACCAGACGUCAUCAUCUUUAUGGGUUCAGUGAGAAAACUGUGA